AUGCGAUCUUUACCAGCAAAACGGAAUCCGUUGGUUGCGCCUGGCGCGGCGCCGUCCUAUGAAGAAUUGGUCACCCGCAGGCGGCUCGGCAAGACAAAGUUGACUGUUAAGCCUGGGCAAGUAGGGACCUCGAACGCGACCAAGGCGGAGAACCUGGGCCCCUUCGAGUAUGCACACCUCCGGGCUCCUCUACCAGACGACCUCACUGGUUCCGAGAUCUUUUCGACUCAGCAGAAUCAACCUCACCCAGAAGGAUACUUUCUGAUGAGGAGAAGCAAGGACGGUUUCGUGAGCGCGACUGGCAUGUUCAAGAUCGCAUUUCCCUGGGCAAGUCAUGCGGAAGAAAAGGAAGAGCGCGACUACCUUAGGAGUCUCCAUGCCACUAGCCAGGACGAGGUCGCAGGCAAUAUCUGGGUAGCUCCGGAGUUUGCUCUCCAACUUGCUGCGGAUUAUGGACUGAUGGAGUGGAUUCGUGCGCUACUCGAUCCAGCCGAGAUGUCGCAGACACCUUCAAGCUCCAAAAAACCCAUUGCUGCGCCUCCCAAGUUUGAGUUACCGGCGGGCAAGACCAAGCUACCACCUCCUACCAAGACGCCUCGUUCGAGAGCCACAAGGUCAGCUUCUCCGAGCAAGGCAGCAAGUCCAACGAAAGCCAAAUCCUCCCCACGAAAGAGACAAACCAAGGCCCAGAAGGAAGCCAACAUCGCCAACGCAAAUGCUGCAAGCGCAACUCUGCAGUCGGCGCUGGAUGAUGCAGCCUCUGUUGCACACGGGAGCACCAAGACUGACUCGCCGGCCCUGCCCACUGAAUCAGUUUCUGACGAGGAUUUGGUCAAGGUUCAAGUGGAUCAAAAGGUUGAGGUUGAUGGUACCACAGAGACCACGCAAACGAAUGUGACGGUCGAGCUACCGCCAGGAUCGCCAGAACUGUCUCUACCUGAGGAUCCAGAAAAGAUACUGGAGACUGCGAGAAAGAUGGUAGAGGAAGCCAAAACUUUGGAAGGAUCCCCGAAGUUCUCCAAGAAGCGGAAGGCCCAAGCGCUUGAGCCGUCUGAUGUCGAUGCAGAACUGCCUGUGCAACCAACAAAAAAGGCCAGGAUCUUGGAGGAGAAGUUGAAGAGGGAGAAGGUGAGGAAUAGGGCAGUAUUAGGUGUGACGGCGACAUUGGCGAUCGCGUAA